AUGGCGCCGGCGUCGACUUACAUCUACACGGCACUGCCGGCGCAGUCAAUUCGCAUCUUGGAGCUGCUGCCCGGGGAUCCGGCCAAUACUGCGCCGCUAGAAUGCCGGAUCGUCAUCCAGCAUGUCGCAGCAGAUCACCACCAGCCCUACGAGGCGCUGUCUUAUGUGUGGGGCGAUCCAACCCCGACCGACCGCAUCCGAUGUUACGACGGGGCAACCGGCGGCGGCUCCGUAGACGGCUUUCUUGGCAUCGGAGCCAAUCUGGCCAAAGCUCUCACCGCAUUCCGGCUCACCGGCAGCCCCCGUCGCAUAUGGGUAGAUGCUCUCAGUAUCAAUCAAAACGAUGUCAUAGAGCGCCAAGCUCAGGUGCGAUUAAUGGGCGAUGUGUUCCGCAAUGCGCAGAUGGUGCUGGCAUGGUUGGGUACCUUCAAAGAUCCGUACACCGGAGAGUUAACGGCUCGCUUAGCAAUCGACUAUCUGAGGGUUUUCAAUAAGAACCCGCAAGAAGAGCUGCAAAAUGCCCAGCAACAUCUCCACAUCAAUGGCAAAGCCGAAUAUGACAAGGCAAGCCCCAGCUACAGAUCCUGGCUUGCAGUUAAAGAGCUCUUUGACCUUGACUACUUCCAUCGUGCCUGGAUCAUCCAGGAAGUGGGUUUGGGCCGUCAGGCUCGCCUCUUCUGGGGUCAUAAGAACUAUGGGAGAUGA